GGGGACAGGUGAGAUGGCAGUUACCUGGGGCUGGCGAGGUGAAGCGACCGGUCCAGGAUACCACAAUCCCAGUCUAUCGUGCAAUAGAUUAGUCGGAUAGAAAUCUGGAUGAAUAUUUAACAGUUUCUGCUAUCGAGGUAAAUCUAAAGGAAAAGUAGUAAAAUCGUCAGGAUUAGUGUUUUCAUUGUGUGGUUCGAUAGUGUUGUGUUAGCACAGCGAGAUUGUCCUGUGUUAGCACAGCAAAGCAGCUUUGGAUAGCCUCGAGUUUACCAUGGGAAACACACAGACGCACAUCAAGUAGUACCUAACUUACCCUGAAGUCCCAGCAUCCAACCACACACAACCAACGACCAUGGGCGGGCUGCUAUCGUACUUGAUCAGCUGGGUCGCCCCAUCCAGACCCGCUAUUAAAUAUGACCCCACGCCUGACCCCACCACGGGUCUGACCCAGAGGGAGAAGCAGCUGAUUAUGGAAACAUGGGCCCUGGCCGGGGAUCGCAAGACGGUCAAAGAGAACGGGCUGGAGUUCUUCAUACAAUUGUUUACCGCCUACCCUUACAUGCAGAACUACUUUGACCUCUUCAAGGGCAAGUCCAUCUCCGAGCUCCGGUCGAGUCCAAAACUGAAGGCCCACGCCACGAGCGUCAUGUACGCCAUUACGUCAUACGUCGAGAACGUCGAGGACUCCGAGAACUUGGUUGGACUCGUCCAGAAAAUCGCCGUCUCCCACAUCGGCCGGGGCAUCAAGGUCGAUGACUUUGAGAAACUGAAGAUUGUGUUCUUGAAGUUCUUGACCACGUACCUGGGUGAGAGAUGCACGCCCGAGAUCGAGACAGCUUGGACCAAACUGCUGACCGCACACAACGCUGUCUACAAGAUGACGGAGGACGAGGUCAAGGGAAAGAAAUGAGUGUUUCAGUCAAGGAAAAGAACUGAGUGUUUAAGUCAAGGGAAAGAACUGAGUGUUUAAGUCAAGGGAAAGAACUGAGUGUUUUAGUCAAGGGAAAGAACUGAGUGUUUCAGUCAAGGGAAAGAACUGAGUGUUUAAGUCAAGGGGAAAGAACUGAGUGUUUCAGUCAAGGGAAAGAACUGAGUGUUUCAGUCAAGGGAAAGAACUGAGUGUUUCAGUCAAGGGAAAGAACUGAGUGUUUCAGUCAAGGGAAAGAACUAACUGUUCGAUACCUUGCAUCAGUGACAUGCAGCUGUACAUACACACUACAUCAAUUAUUAUUGAAAACUUUUUUUGAUAAAUCACGUUUUUGCUGAAUUAAUUAAUAUAUGAGUUUUUAUUUUCUUAGGGUCAAUUUGAUUUUGUGUAAAGAAAAGUUUAAAGUGGUGUUUGGCACAAGUGUGUCUUUAAAUAUGUGGAAAGUGUGUCUUAAAAUAUGUGAAAAGUGUGUAUUAAAAUAUGUGAAAAGUGUGUCUUUAAAUAUAUGGAAAGUGUCUUAAAAUAUGUGAGAAGUGUAUCUUAAAAUAUGUGAAAAAUGUGUCUUUAAAUAUAUGGAAAGUGUGUCUUAAAAUAUGUGAAAAGUGUGUCUUAAAAUAAGUGAAAAAUGUGUCUUUAAAUAUAUGGAAAUUGUGUUAAAAUAUGUGGAAAGUGUCUUUGAAAAUAUAGGCCUAAGUGUGUCUUUUAAUAAAUGGCAAGUGUGUCUUAUCAUAAGUGGGUCUUUUCAUAUGUGGCGAGUUGUUCUCUAAACAUGUAACAAAUGUGUCUUUGAGAGAUGGCAAUCUUUUAUCACAUUUUGAAUGUAAAUGGUCAGAUAAAUGUGGUAUAAAUUGUUUGUUUUUUCUUUGACUAUGCUAGCUAUUUUGUGAUAGAUCACAGUACCUUUAAGACUAGUUGUGUUAGGUCCCCUGACUUUCAUGGCUAGUUGUGUUUUAGGUCUCCUGACUGAUUAUUGUGAUUUUCAUAUACGGCCAGAUAUUUCUUUUUUUACACAUAAAUAAAAAAUGUAUUAAUUUUUUGUGUUAUCCCAUAGGCACGUGAGCCGUGUGUGAUUUAGUGGUUGAUUCAACAUAAAGGUAACAUGACCAUGAUCGGUCAAUGUUCUUUAGGAAAUUAAAUACACUGUGCAUGUGUAUAAUCUCUAACCCAAUGUAAAGCGUCCUUAGAUACACCUUAGUUUCCAGCGUGUGAAUUCGGCUAGUUUGGAGAGUUUAAAAAAAACUAUACCCACAAUAUUUAUUUGCCCACUUACAACGUGAUACCAGCUUGUGAUGAUGUCAAACAUUUAUUGAGUAAAUAUCUAAUAAUUCGUCAUGUCCAUUACAGAUAGUUGUCAAAGUUUGAUUAGCACAACAAUGUUUUAAUCAUUACUUUUACAAAUGUAUCCAAGGUAGCAAUCCAUCUAUCAUUUAUCAAAAUUUUUAUUAUCGUUAAGUAAACAUGACCCACAAAGCAUUUUUUAUGUAGCUAUAAAUGAAAAACAUCGAAGAACUUAAACAACGCUUUUUUAAUUAUUUUUUUCUUAAACUCUGCUGUGGAUUUUAUUGUAAACAUUGCGUGUCCCAGCUGCGUGGCUUAGCCCCGUAGCUUAGCUCCGUGGUCUAGCUCCGUGGCCUAGCUGCGUGGCUUAGCUCUGUAGUUUAGCUCCGUGGCUUAGCCCCGUAGCUUAGCUCCGUAGCUUAGCCCCGUAGCUUAGCUACGUGGCCUAGCUCCGUGGCUUGGAUGUGGAAUGAAAAGUUGUUGAUCUUUGGGUGGGGCUAACAUUAACAAGGGUCCGCCCUUGAUUUAAAACACGCCCAUGUCAUUGUAUACCAACCACGAUUGAUGAUAUAGGACUGAACGUGAAACAGUAUCAAUGUACCUCUGUGUGAAUAUUGCAAUGUAUUUUAGAAUAUCUAUGUACAAUAUGUUUUCAGAAACCACGUUUGUUUGUUACAGGGGAAGUAGAUUUCGUCAUUAGAUGUAGCACUAAAAUGUGAUGGUCCCUUUUUUUUCAAUCAGUGCAGCUAUCAGUUCAAUGUAUUUGUAGUUUUUAUGUUGGUGUGGUUAGGUGACUGUGUGUGGUAAAGUUGACACAAAAUGUCACGAAUGGAUUGGCACUUAUUGACUGUGAUUAAAUGCCUACCGCAUUAUGUUUGUGUUAUCAAGUUAACUACAUUAUGUCUGUGUUUUCAGAAAAAACAAUGUAUUAUCAAUUUACUAAUUCAAUCUUGUACCGACUGUUUGUAUCGCAUAAUUUGUGUAGAAAUAAACAUAUCGUUUAAUA